AUGUGGCGACGUCUGGCAGUGGCGAGUCGGCCAAUUGGCCGAUCGCGGCCAUGUCUGGUCCGUGCCGUGGCUGAGCAGCGUCGCAGCUCACAUGCCACCCAACAAGCCUACUUUCGCCAAUCUUCCCGAAGCUCGCCAAGCGAGGGAUCUUUAGACCAAGUUGCACAGCACGUGGCAGCUGCAGAUGCAAAGGCUAUCCAACACUGGUUGCGCACCUGCGACACGGCCACCCGCAACAAGCUGGCUCAAGGCUUGGUCAGCCUGCUGGACGAAGCAGAUCGCAAAUCGAUAGACGGCAUUUUUCACACGAUUGACAAGAACAAGGAUGGCGUCAUCAGUGCCAGUGAGUUUACAGAGUGGUACGCUCACAAGACAGCUUCCAUCGUGUCAGAUCCACCUACCCGGCGUCAGCUAUGGUACGUGGGACUGGCCCAGAUGGUCCCAAUGAUUGGUUUCGGCUUUUGUGAUAACUUUAUCAUGAUCGCAGCUGGAGAGAGCAUCGAUGCUAGUAUUGGAAGUACCUUCCACAUCUCGACGAUGGCGGCGGCUGGCUUGGGCAACUUGAUCUCAGAUGUCGUCGGCCUCGGUCUAAGCAACACCAUUGAGCGUUUCUCCCAUCGCCUGGGCAUUCCGGACCCCGAGCUGAGCGACAACCAGCGUGAACACAAGCACACGCGCUGGACCUCGUCCAUUUUUAGCAUGUUGGGCAUCAUCCUGGGCUGUCUCUUGGGCAUGGUGCCCCUGCUGCUCUUUGAUGAAGAUAAGAAGGAGGCCAAGAAACUGUUUAACGAACUUGGAGGAGAAAGUAAGGGCUACCUGACCAUCAAUGACAUUCGCAAGGUCACCCGAGAACUCAACAUCACCGUCACUGAGGAGGAGCUUGAACGACUCUUGCGCAACAACGAUGUGAAUCAUGAUAGCAAGAUUCAAUUUGAAGAGUUUUACGCCAUUCUUCUACGUCUACGCCAAUAG